AGACUUUUAAUCUUGUCUAUAUCAGAUACCUAUCCAUACUUUUACAUUACUGUCACUACGAUAACGCACAAAACAGAAAGUUUUUUAGUGGAAAAAUUGAAAAUUCCUUUGAGUUUACAUAAUGACUUCGAAGUUUCUCCUGCUUCUACUGGCCUCUGGGUCAAUGAUCCCGUUUCACGAAACCGAUGACUCCAUUACUACAGGACUCUGUCCCCGGUACGGGUCAAUUACCAUGAUCGAUGAGAUUAACUGGAUGGAGGUGCUAACCGGCGAGUGGCUGGUGAUUAUCUGUUCGCAACAGGAGCCGAAGUGCAAGGAUCUGAAAUGGAGCUUAUAUAAUUUGGCGACCACCUCCAUGGGUUGCCUCGAUGUUGGACUGGCCGUUUGCGAUCUCUCCAAGCUUUCGACGAUGAAAAAACGAUUCUCCGCCUUUACCGAUGAGACCAUAUAUCAUGUGAUGGAUGGGGACUUUCGUAAAUUGAAUACUAAACAGGACGUGAUAUCCUUUCGCGAUCUCCUGCAUCUGCGUGAAUGGGUGGAUAUUCCCACAAUGCCGUUUUGGAGACACCCAACUUCCAUAUAUACAAAUUUUUCCGUUUUUGCUUUCACUUUACUGCGUUCUGGACUUUUUGGUCAAAACAUUUUGCUGGCCAAAAUUGUCCUUGGUUUGUUGUUUAUCAGUGCACUGGAUAUUGUCAUUAUAACCAUAUAUGUCUUGAGGCCUUUAAUCAUGAAAAUUAUUUCCAAAUAUUAUCAAUCAAAAAUAAUGCACUACCAGUUAACUCCCUAUAUCAAUUAGACAACUGAAAAUUAUACAAAUA